GCGAACACCGUAACCACCUUAUUUAACUUGUGCAUUGGACAUACAUUUAAUAUAAAAACAAUGAUAAAGCCAAAACAACUAGCUAUUUUAUUGAAGCAAGCCGUAGAUGAGAGCAUGCCUAAUGUCAUGGUAUUCACCAGUACUGGCUCUUUGAUAUCAUAUGUAUCCUACGAGGAACCAGAGGAUGCCCUCCAGCGAUUGGAUUUGGUAAAGAAAAUUCGAUCAACUUCCGCUUUAGCUGGAAAUAUAUACUCAUUAUAUUCAGGAACGAAUCCUAGUCCGCUAGUAGCCGAGUCUACGGAUGAUAUUAUCGCUCAUCAACGGGAUGUCCUGUUUGAAACUAUAAUUGAAUUUGAGAAAGGAAAGCUACUUAUAGCAGCCAUACCCACGGAAGGUCAUGAAGGGUUAUUAAUGUCCAAAGAUCCUUUACUGUUAGGUAUCGUAGGACAUGAACAUGCCAAGGAGGGUAUGAUGCAGCUAAAAUCCGAGAGGCUCAAAGAGGCUAUAACGAACGAGCUUUCUACAAUUGGAAAACUCGGAUGAUCCGGGAGUGCUAAUAACAGAAAGCAACACUGCAAAAUGGAGUACUUUAGACCAAAAACCAAAUGGAUUACUUAUCCAGAAAAUUUAUUUAUAAAAUACUAAUUUAAGAAUGGUAUACUAUGAAGAAAAAGGUUAUCUAUACGGAUACCAUUCUGGUUCUUCUAUUGAUUGGUUUAAAUCGUUUGCUGAAAAUAUUUACUUUUCAACGGAAUAUGAAUCAUCGAACUUUAUUUCGAACGUAACGGUCUUUGAACUUGACUGAAAAAUUCAUCAAGGCUAGCAAAAUUUCCGUUGUUCUCCGAAAAGGCUCUGUGUCUCCUUCCUUGAAGGUGCUAAAAGAUCAGUUAGAAACCAUCUCGAUAAUUGCAAUUCAUACCUUUUCCAAAUCUCUGUAUCUCUCACAACAGUUUUCGCAGUAACCAGCUUUUGCGUCCACCUUGACUUUUUUAUGCGCUAAAGGAUCUACCUCAUAAGCUCCAGUUGGUGUUCGCGUUGCUCGACUAGCCGUUGAAUUCUGCAUGUUCAUAAGUCGAGGCUCCAGAAUAUUCAGCGGGGUCAUUGCUGACCUCUUCACCAUCGUUAAUGGGUUUGGUACUUUCAACUGCUCAGCCGGAGUCUGUUUUUGAAAGGGUACUCCAGAUUCGGCGGCAGUAAUAUCACCCAUCACUUGCUUUACGAUGACACUUGUAGGAUCUUGCUCAGUAUGGUUUAUCAUCUUUUGUUUGUAAGUCUGAUUCGCCAAUUGAUCUCCAAUUUCUUGAGCUGGAUGAUUAUACUUGGUUAUCUUAAGCUCGCGCUUGCGUCCAGUGUUAAAGGGGCAUCUUCCCUGUACUGUCAUUCCUAAGGUUGGCCAGAGAAUUUCCGUAUUAUGAGUAGGUCUUUCCCAUUCUCGAAGUACAAUAGGUUUAUAAAACUGGGUGAUGUCUCUUACGCACAAAAAGUUCUCUUGGAAAUACUCUACAUUUUUACUUGGAACGUAAAAAUUCUUCUCCGAUGCCCCGUAAACUUUUUCGCCGUCUAAAAGUGCUUGCAAGCUGGAAGCGGAGGUGUUACCAAGACUGUCGGGGUCGAGGAAAGUGAAUAGAAUUCUGUUUAGAAGUUCUAGAUUGUUAGCGAUUUCUUUAGAGAAAUAGUUUUAACAUACUAUCAAUGGACCAUAUUUUCAUGUUUGCCUUUUUCGCUAAAUGGAGAAAGUCUGAUGGAGAACAUCUUUCAGGAUCGACUGUUCUUGUUGUUAUAAAAUGGGUUAUCUCAAAAGAGAAGGUCGUUGUAACUUUCUAGUAAUAUUGUGCAUUAGCUUCUAUAUUUUGAGCCGAACAAGAUUACUUACCGCUCCAAGGCUGCAUAUUUUUUGAAUGAUUCUUCUCUUAAUUUCUUCAUCGAUACUAUCCAAGUAGAACACAAAAUUUGGGAAAGCUGUCCGAUAAUCUCGUUGCCAGUAACGAAGUUUGCAUACUCGGAUACUGGUGCGAGGAGCAUCCUUCUGUCGAUUUACAGCAGGUUUUGGACAAUAGUUAGAGAAGGCAGUGGCUGGAAGAGCAAGUCUUGCAAUAGCCGUUGCGGAAUUCAAGUUUUGUGUUCCUGUCAUAUCUGCCUUUGAAACGGGCCAGUCCAUGCAAGAUUCAGGAUUUGCUGUAGUUUGACAAAUCUCUCCGUCCGAUGAAGAACGAUUGUAAUCAAAUGGUGCAAGCAGAAGUUUCGCUGACUCUUCUCCAAGAUUCUGAAUACCAGAGUUGCGAUCUACUAGAGGCGAUCUCAUAAGGGUAUAAGCUUUGUAAACUGAUUGUCAGUUUUGAUCCCUUUACUAAUUAAUGUAUGUGCAAUGAGGAGAGCUAGAAAAACUAAUGGCUCUCUUCCAAAUGAUUCCAAUUUAAGAGACUUUCGACUGCUGAUUAUUUAAUUGAAAAGCAAGACGAUACUGCUGUCAAAGUGCAGCUGACAGUGAAUUGUUGAAAAAAGAUAACUCUUUAUUUAUAUAGCUUCAUUUUUUGUUUGUUUGUUUUGUUUCUUACUUAUUUGUUUUGAAUCUACUUUUGUCAACAAACUGUAAACACGCCUACGCGUCUCAUAUACUCGCGACGCGUUACGCGUCGCGAGUAUACAAGAGCAGUACAUGCUAUUUAAGUUGGGGUUUCAUGUUCUACUUUCUUGUUUUUACAGUAUUGUAACAACUACAGUUUUUAGUCUUAAAUUCUUUUGUACUUGAAACCUCUCGUGGUUUAAUAUUUUUCAUGUUAAAAAUCGUUGAAGUCGUUUAAGAAUAUAAUUAAGAGCAUUACGUAUCAUCCACAA